UGUGAUGACACCCGAAUGAUGCAAUAAGCUCUGGAACCCAUUGAUCAAUAACACACAGUGUACUCCAUAAGGGAUCCAGGGUCAUGGUGCCUCCUCGUUUAAGCGACUCAAUCCCUGUCUAGUUCCUCUUUCGUUUCGUCCAAUACUCUCUAGACUAUACUACCGAGAUAUUUCGCGUCGUGUGUUGAUAAGAGUGUUGACAGUAGAAAAACGAACAGCUACUUUUGGUUGCUAAAACUUGGGUGUGACUUGACAAUUGCAGAGAUGGCUGGCCUUCCCUCCCAGGUGUUAAGGGUACAGCUGCUGUGUCUGGUGCUGUGGCAGGCUAUGCGAGUGUCCAGGGCAGAGUUCACUCACGACCGUAAGAGGCUGGGACCGCUGGAAUCCGUACGUGCUGAACACGGGUGUCUGGAAAAAUUUGAUGUGAGCGACAGCACAAUUAUAAGGACUCAGGAUUCGCGAGUGCUGGGUGCCAAGUUCUUGAACGAGUCCGAUGUGGGCAACAGAGAGGAUUGUCUGACCCUCUGCUGCACCACACACCUCUGUAACGUGGCUGUCUUCGAGGAGAAGGGAUCUGGGUCGUGUUACAUGUUCGACUGUGGUCCACCGGGCGACUUCAAGUGUAAGUUUACAGGUCACACCUACUACACGUCAGCAGUGCUCAAAGUCAACAGACACCAACUGGAACUUGGUCUCUGGUCGGAGCAGAGUCAGCAUGAAGCCGAACUGGCUAAUUUAAGGUCAGUUGACUCUCUCUGUCAUCCUACUCUUGCUUUCAUUAUGUAACACAAAUGUUUAAGAGAAUGGCUGGCUAAUAGUCAAGAAUACUUGAGAGAAGGAGGAAAAGGAGGAGGAGGA